ACGUGGUCACCUCUCAAAAAUUCGGCAAGUUUGUCACCCUCGGCUCAAUACGGAUCUCCGCCGUUUGAUGCGAUUCUUCUGCGACGAAGGUGUCUGUGCCGCCGCCGCAUUUCGGAUAGAAGGAAACCCUCACGCGAUAGUAGUCGAGGAGGUUGCUGCAGUUCAUCGGCGAGCGGGUCCCAGAACGAGCCACGUCACCACAGUGGCAGGAUUCACCGGCGACAUCAGCUCGGUCAAUCUGCUGAGGCAUACCGAGAUCUUGGCCUCGCUGCGUGAGUGGACGGAGCAAGUGUCCAAUGUGUGGCAGCACGUCCUCGCCCGCGAAGGGUAUAACAUCAUUCCGAUCUUUGCAUCAGAUAUUGACGGUAUUCGCCGAUCACCGAGCGAGCGGCCUGUUUGGACUUCGUGCUUGGAGGAACCUAGCGACGAGGAUACAUUACCAUCGCGGCAGAAGUAUCUGAAGCCGUACGAGAUCCCCUACGUCUUCUACCCAAGGGCAGAAGAAGCGCCGAUCAUCGACGACGACGAAGAAGAAGGCGACAACGAGAAAACAUCGGAGCAGGGAAGCUAUAGUGAACAUAGCGAGGGCGAGCUGAGUAAGGAGGAAGAGGAAGAAGAAGGAGCCGGAUCCGAGCGGGAAGCCCCGCCGGAAGAAGCAACGCGUACGGGAACGGAGGUGGAAGAUCGGGAAGUGGCACGAAAACGCGAAGAAAUUGCCGCUGGGAAGCGCCAGCUGGAGUGCGCCAGCGAGGCUAGCUUGCGCAGCGGUAGCAAUCCGACCAGGGAUCCAGAGCCGCUGAGGCCCGACGAUGGCGGCCUUGCAGCCGCCACCUCAAGUACCGCGUGACGGCGACGGCGCCGAUCCCCCUCCUCCUCCAGCCCCACCCGUCCCCCAGUUC